AUGCGCGCUGCCCCCGCUGUCCCGCUGCUGUCGCUGCUGCUCCUGCUGGGGCCGCGGCUGGAGGCCGCGGGCGUCCCGGAGCCGCCGCCGCCGCUGCCCACCGUGGUUCUUGCCAUCCUGGCCCGCAAUGCCGAGCACUCCCUGCCCCACUACCUGGGCGCGCUGGAGCGGCUGGACUACCCCCGGGCCAGGAUGGCCCUCUGGUGCGCCACUGACCACAAUGUGGACAACACCACGGAGAUGCUGCGGGAGUGGCUGGCAGCCGUGGGCGCGGACUACGCAGCCGUGGUCUGGAGGCCUGAGGGGGAGCCCAGGUCCUACCCGGAUGAAGAGGGCCCCAAGCACUGGACUAGAGAAAGGCACCAGUUUCUGAUGGAGCUGAAGCAAGAAGCCCUGAGCUUUGCCAGGAGCUGGGGUGCUGACUACAUCCUGUUUGCAGACACAGACAACAUUCUGACUAACAACCAGACGCUGCGGCUCCUGGUGGAGCGCGGGCUGCCGGUGGUGGCGCCCAUGCUGGACUCCCAGACCUACUACUCCAACUUCUGGUGUGGGAUCACCCCGCAGGGCUACUACCGCCGCACGGCCGAGUACUUCCCCACCAAGAACCGGCAGCGCCGGGGCUGCUUCCGCGUCCCCAUGGUCCACUCCACGUUCCUGCUGUCCCUGCGGGCCGAGGGGACAGCCCAGCUCGCCUUCUACCCCCCGCACCCGAACUACACCUGGCCCUUCGACGACAUCAUCGUCUUCGCCUACGCCUGUCAGGCUGCUGGGGUCUCGGCCCACGUGUGCAACGAGCACCGGUACGGGUACAUGAACGUGGCGGUAAAAUCCCACCAGGGGCUGGAGGACGAGAAGGUCAACUUUAUCCACCUGAUCCUGGAGUCGCUAGUGGAUGGGCCCCCCAUGCAGGCCUCAGCUCAUGUGUCUCGGCCCCCAAAGAGGCCCAGUAAGAUGGGGUUCGAUGAGGUGUUCGUCAUCAGCCUGGCUCGCAGGCCGGAGCGCCGGGCGCGCAUGCUCAGUUCCCUCUGGGAGAUGGAGAUCUCUGGGCGGGUGCUGGACGCCGUGGAUGGCCGGACGCUCAACAGCAGUGUCCUCAGGAGCCUGGGUGUGGACCUGCUCCCUGGCUACCAGGACCCCUACUCGGGCCGCACGCUGACCAAGGGCGAGGUGGGCUGCUUCCUCAGCCACUACGCCAUCUGGGAGGAGGUGGCUGCCAGGGGCCUGGCCCGGGUCGUGGUGUUUGAGGACGACGUGCGCUUUGAGAGCAACUUCAAGGGGAGGCUGGAGCGGCUGAUGGAGCAGGUGGCGGCAGAGGAACUCCCCUGGGACCUGAUCUACCUCGGCCGGAAGCAGGUGAACCCUGAGGAGGAGGUGGCCGUGGAGGGGCUGCCCGGCCUGGUGGUGGCUGGGUACUCGUACUGGACACUGGCGUACGCCCUGAGCCUGGCGGGGGCCCACAAGCUGCUGGCCUCGCAGCCCCUACGCCGCAUGCUACCUGUGGACGAGUUCCUGCCCAUCAUGUUUGACCGGCACCCCAACGAGCAGUACAAGGCGCACUUCUGGCCGCGGGACCUGCAGGCCUUCUCGGCCCGACCCCUGCUGGCCGCCCCCACCCACUACGCGGGGGACGCAGAGUGGCUCAGUGACACGGAGACGUCCUCCCCCUGGGAUGAUGACAGCGGGCGCCUCAUCAGCUGGAGCGGCUCCCAGAAGACCCUGCGUGGCCCUCGUCCAGACCUGGCCGGCAGUAGUGGGCACGCCCUCCAUCCCCGUCCCCACCCCCGGGACGAGCUCUAGGUGCCGCUCCAGUGGAGCACACAGGACGUGGCUACAGCUGCGUAGUGGGCCAGAAGCAGGAGCUGCCCCCAGGAGCCAUGGACCAAGCUGCUACCUUGGGCAAGGCCACUCUGCCCUCCUGACCCCUCUCACAUCAGGAGAAACCACUCAGAGACAGAUCUCAUUCCUCAAAGGUCACACAGCACAAGGGCGGGACUUGGGGUUCCCUGACCCUGUCUGGCUGAUUCCGGGGCUGGGGGUGGAGGAGGGAGGUGGCUCCCCAGCCUUCAGUUUUCAAGCCGGGUGGAACCCAGGAGCCUCCGGGGCCCCUCUGCCCCUUCUACCUCCACCUCGGCUCCUUACCAACUUAACGUUCAGGUCUUGCCAGCAGCUGCUUCCCGGGGAAGUGGCAGGUGGACCCUUGCGGAUCUGGUGCCCAGCACACAGUAGGCCUGCAGUAAAAGCCCACUGUAUUUGACUUUAUACUUUUGAGUCAUGGUGGAGCCUCGUUGCUUCUGAGCUGGCCUGGGAGGGAGCGCGUGCGGAGGCAGGGAGACGGAGUGGAGG